GGGGCAGGAAGUCUGCGGGUCGGUGUGUAUGUGCCGCACAGACUCACACAUGGGAGUCGCACACACAGCUGGGAGUGAGAAGCUGCUACUGGGGAUGGAGUCUGUACAUUGAUCCACUUACUGACAUGGAGGGUAUCGGGCCAGUUCUGAAGUCCCAGUAGAUCUCCAGUCUCUUAUUUGGAUAUUUCAGCGUAUCUUGCCCCGCAGUCUCCGGGGCCCUGCCAGUUGCCCAUCUCCAUCUUAUGUUCCGUUCCCGCCGGUCUGUCUCUGCGAGGCAGCUUUGGCGGCAGCGGUGCAUAGUGCCCAGCCGGGGUCAGGGGGAGGGGGCGCCCCCCAGCCCCGAGGAUUUGCAGAAUGCCCUGCGGCCUGCAGCCCACCAGCUCUUCAAGAAGCUGAAGGAUGAGCAGCUGUGGCAGUUGGCGGAGGCGCUGGAGAGCAAGGGAUCCUGGGAAUGUGGGUGUGUCUAUUUGCCAUGGGAUUCUAGGAGCGGGAAGCAGCCCCCCCAAGUGCUGCUGUGCAAGCUCUAUCGCUGGCCGGAUCUGCGCCAUGGGGCCGAGCUCAAGAGGUUGAUCCAAUGUGAGAGCUUCUGGAGGAAGAGCGGAGAGGGGACUUCCCUGUGCUGCAACCCCUACCACUUCAGCCGGCUGGCAGCUCCAGAUUCAACGUCCCCUUUAUCCAUUAAAGCACGGGAGAUCGCUCGGACCUUCCUGGCGGAUAAUCCCAUUGCCCACUCAGUCCAGCGGGGCAAGAUAAGCAGCAUUCGAGGCUGUCAGGAUACCACUCUGUCCAGAAGUAACACCAGGGAUGGCUACUGGUGCAAACUGGCGUACUGGGAGCACAGGACCCGAGUGGGGCGCCUCUACAAUGUGAGCGAAUCCUCUGUCCACAUUUUCCAUGACCUUCCAAAGGGGAGCGGGUUCUGCCUGGGUUACCUACACUCUGAAACCCGUAACGAGAUGGUGAGGCGCACCCGAAAGAAGAUUGGCCAGGGCCUGACCCUCAGCUAUGAGCAAGAUGGCGUCUGGGUGUACAAUCGCAGCGAUCACCCCAUCUUCGUCAACUCCCCCACCCUGGCCCCCAUGAGUGGUCGCGGGCAGUCAGUCUACAAAGUUCUGCCUGGAUACUCCAUCAAAGUGUUUGAGCAAGGGGUCAGCAUGUCCAGCUACACUUAUCUGGGGGAUGGGCCCUGUGACCCCCAUAGUGUGCGCAUCAGCUUUGCAAAGGGCUGGGGGUCUUCCUACUCCCGGCAGUUCAUCACCUCCUGCCCAUGCUGGUUGGAAAUUCUCCUUUGCCCCCCAAGAUAUCCAAGAGAUGAGAGUAUCUUCCCAAGGAACCGUGUCCUGUAGGCUCCUUUAAGACAAGACUACCCCCCAUAGGCCAGCUAGGGGGGACCUGAACCCCUGAGAGAUCUGCUGCCUUCAGCAUCAUUUUAGGAUCUCCGGGCUCUUAAAUCUAUCUAAGGGCUCCUCAUGGGUCCAUGGUGUUCCAUAUUCUUCCUCCAUGUUCCCUGGUCCCUUAACCUUCACUAGAAGAGGUUCCAACAUGGAGCCCACUGGGUGCCCAGUGCCUUUGAUAGGGCAAUGGAUUUGAUCUAAUUUACCUGGGACCAAUAACACCUGGGAGGGGGGUGUCCUAUAAAGCUCUAUUGGUGCCUUCUGUUGGAUUUGUUCCGGAAAACCACUCAACAACCAACCAGUCAUCAACCUUCUCUUUAUUCCAUUGGACGAUUCUAUAUGCUAAACCUAUCAGGGGGUCAGUUCAGUUGUCCAAUCAUAGAUGGGAAAUUGAGUACCAGGUGAAUAAUUACAAUGGGGGGAUGUGCAAGUAGAUCUGGGAUGGGAAACCUGCUGUCCUUCAAGUACUGUUAAACUACAACUCCCAGUAUUCCCCAACAGCCAAUGAGAAGUGUAGUUCAGUAACGUCUGGAGGGCCCCCAGGUAGGACGUCCCUAAUGUGAGUCAGGAAGGAGGGAUGUGGGAAUGGAAUUAGAUGCAGAGCAAGAGGGAUGUGAGUGUCCGUGAGCGUCUGGCCGGCCAAUUGGGCAGAGAAGGGUAUUUGCAAGGUGUAGAGAAGGAAAUGGGGUUAAAACAAGGGUCUUAUGCCCCCCUGAACCCCAUCUUUCCUGGCAAUAAAGGGAAUGAGAAAGUGAAGUGAUAAUAGGAAAGGUGUAAAUAGUGGCGGCCCCACAGCCAAAUCAUUUUAGGGCCCCCCUCGGCCAUAAUCAUAUAUAAACUGCUUAUCAGUCAGUGUCCCCUCUGGGGCCCAAAGCGACUGUCUAUUGUUACGUCUGUGGGUUUGUCUAGUUCUGCCGAUUCAUUCCCUUAAUAAACAGCAGCAGCAGGGGGUGCGGAGAGGCAGGGGGUGCGGAGAGGCAGGGGGUGCGGAGAGG